GAAAUAUUACUCCACAAGAAAAAUAUAUUUUUGUUUUCUAAUGUCCGUAAAUUAAGAUUCAUAGAUUACACAUAGUUGAAUAUGUACGUGUAUUGGACGUGUUAGUUUAUCCUUGAACGAAGACUGCGUAUAUUAUACUUUAUAAACUAAUUUAAAAAAAAUAUAAAUAAAAGUAACUACAAAUGAAUCUAAAAUCAAUUUAAUAUUUAGACAGUCCGUAAGACAGAUUUUCAAAUGAUGUCUAAUAAUUGCAUGCAACAAAACUUAGACUUUGGAAACCCUUUAGUGUCAACUCUUCUGCACAAUUUACUUGCUGCUCAAUGUGCUAUCUCGGCCCCAGACAUUUGGCCAAAAGACUAUGGUCCAACUUACAUUGAAAAAGGUGUGGACACUUAUGAUUUUGUAGUUAUUGGAGCUGGAACUGCAGGUUCUGUGGUCGCAAGUCGACUUAGUGAGAAUCCAAAAUGGAAAGUAUUGGUAUUGGAAGCUGGUGGAGAUCCGCCAAUUGAAUCAGAGGUCCCUAGUUUAUUUUUUUCUGUUCAACACACAAACCACACUUGGAAUUAUUACACUGAACCAGAUGGUAAAAGUUGUUUGGGAUAUAACAAUCAAGUCUGCUACUGGCCAAGGGGCAAAAUGAUUGGUGGCAGUGGAGCUAUCAACGCCAUGCUGUAUGUUCGAGGAUUAAGUCAAGACUACGAUAAUUGGGAGCGAGACGGAAAUCCACAUUGGGGUUGGAAAGAUGUUCUACCAGUUUUUGAAAAGUCACUUCAGAGCAAUGAUUCUGAGUUAAAGGGUUCAGCCUGUGUCAAUGAUUUCGAUGUACAGUUUACAGAAAUUCGAGAAAUGUUGUUUAGUGGAGCUCAAGAAUUGGGACUACCUAAAAUUGAUAUUGGCAAAGCAAAUAUAGGAUAUGCUACGAUAAAGGGAACCAUUCGCAACGGUAUUCGAGGAAGUACUGGCAAAAGUUAUCUAGCAAAAGCAAAAGAUAGACCAAAUCUUCAUGUGAUUAAGAAUGCUAUAGUUAAGAAGAUUAAUUUCGAUGAUCAGGGAAAGCAAGUCACUGGGGUAACAUUUGUGUACAAUGAUCAACAAGAACUAUCAGUAAAGAUUGAUAAAGAAAUUAUUUUAUCGGCUGGAGCUAUAGAUUCUCCAAAGAUUCUUAUGCUCUCCGGAAUUGGACCAGCAGAACAUCUCGAAAAUAUUGGUGUGCCAGUUUUAAGGAAUUUAAGAGUUGGUGAUAAUCUUCAGGACCACUUGAUGACUCCUUUGUUCUUCAAAUUAGAUGAAAGUAAAAUUAAAUCAGCAACAUUGAGAGACCAAUUUGAUGCAACUUAUUCCUAUCUUAUCAACCAAACAGGGUCUUUGGCUUCUACAGGUAUUGGUGCUAUUACUGGUUUCUUAAAUGCCAAUAAUAAAUCUAAUAGCCCAUAUCCUGAUAUUUUAUUUCAUCAUAGAUUUAUGCGUCGUGGAACUUUGGGAUUAGAAACUUGGCUUCAAGCUACUGGGGUUAAAAAUAGCAUAGCUGAAAGUAUUCGUGAAAUUCACAAAGAUUUCCACUUACUUUUGACUUUUGUUAAGCUUCUUAGACCGAAGUCUAAAGGCAGAAUUCGUUUAAAUAGUUCUCAUCCAAAAGAUUCACCAAAAAUGUAUGCCAAUUACUUAGACAACCCUGAGGAUGCCGAAACACUUCUGAGAGGAAUAAAAUUCCAAAUGAAAUUGGAAGAAACGGCAGCGUUCAAGGAACAAAAUGCCAAAAUUAUACAGAUUGAUUUACCUGAAUGCGAUGAAUUUCCAUUUAAAAGUGACAACUAUUGGAAUUGUUAUAUGAAAUAUAUGUCAAAUACAGUUUAUCAUAUGGCUGGAACUGUUAAAAUGGGUCCAGACAAAGAUUCAAGUGCUGUUUUGGACUGGCGAUUGAGAGUGAAAAGUGUUAAGGGAUUAAGAGUUGCUGAUACUAGUAUUAUGCCGAAUAUUGUAAGUGGAAAUACAAAUGCUCCAACUAUUAUGAUUGGAGAGAGAGCAGCUGAGUUCAUAAGUGAAGAUUGGAAAGUAAUGAAUGUUCAUAAUGAGCUCUAA